AUGGGUUGUGUUGCCUCAAGGCUACAAGACGAAGAGGAAGUUGUGUCCAUCUGUAGAGAUAGAAAGCGCCAAAUCAAACGAGCCGUUGAGAGAAGGUAUGCUCUUGCAGAUGCACAUUACAAGUAUUUUCAGUCUCUUUAUGGAGUCUCGGCGGCCAUAAACCUCUUCGUGGCCCGCCAUUCUCCUGCGCCGCUGUACAUUACAAUCCCAUCGCCGGCGCCGGAGAAAAACGCAGUCGUCUCAAACCCUUUAUUCCUCAAGCAAAACCCAUCUGAGCCAAGCAAAAAGGCCGUACCUAGCGACUCAUGCAGUUCUUCUAGAAGCUCUGCCUCCGAAGAACACAGGCCCCUCGAAAAAAGUGAAAAUAGAAAUAAAAAAAAUGACGAAGAAGAAGAAAAUGAAGAAAAAGAGAAGAUUUGUGGGUAUUUCUACAUGGACAUGCCUCGGAGCAACACAAUGGCCUCACCACAGAGGGGUUUCGAGUGGGAUUUUUUCAACCCUUUCGAAAAUGUGGCAAUGGCGGCGCCUGAGAUGAUAAAUGUUUAUAAUAAUAUCAAUAGGAAUAUUUCAGAGGAGGAUUUGAGAGCUGUGAGGGAAGAAGAAGGGAUACCGGAGCUGGAGGAUGAGAGAGAAUGUGCGGUUGAGAGCAAGAGGAGUGAUUUGGAGAAGGAGAAGGAAAAUGGAGCUGAAGUUGUGGAGAGUGAAGUGGGUGGUGCUAAAAUGCACCGGGCUGAGGAAAGGCAAAACGAGGUUUUGAAUGCUUUGAAGGACAUUGAAGAUCAUUUUAUGGUAGCUUAUGAUGCUGGAAAGGAAGUUUCCAGAAUGUUGGAGUGUAAUAGGGUUCAUUUGCAGUCUAAUAUGGAGGAAAUUAAAGACAUGUGUGAAGGAGAUGAGAUCAGAAGGAUUUAUGAGAGGAAAUGCAAUCAUCUUAGGAAUCAAGAUGUAAGAGGAGAUGAAGAACUUACAGUCGACAAAAGCCGAGCUGCAGUUAAGGAUCUUUACAGCAGGAUCCUUAACAAGAUCAUAUUCGAAGUAAAAACCUUCACAUGCCCUUCGUACCGUAAAUUCUGCAACGAGUCUCACCGUCUCGCGACCCUCCAGCUCGAAACCGAGCUCCUCAACUGGCGCUCGUGUUUCAACGUGUAUGUCCAGGCCCAAAGGAGAUACAUCGAGGCCCUUUACAGAUGGCUCUCCAAAUUCGUGGGCCCUGAAGUCAAAUACUGCUCUCGGGCCCAUUCCCCUCCUCCGCGUCUCUCGGGCGGGCCCCACCUCCUCGGCAUUUGCCACGACUGGCUGGAUUUUGUGAGUAAUCUUCCGGAUAGAUCGGUUUCGCUUGCGAUAAGAGUCUGUGCUAAGGAUGUUCGGGCCUUGUGGGCCCAACAAGGAGAGGAGCAAAUGCAGAAGAGGAAAGUUGAUGGGUUGUCCAAAGAGUUUGAACGAAAGAUUUCAGCUUUUCAGAAGGCUGAGAGUGGUAGGGUGUUUUUUCAUUUGAGGCUGACUGAUGGGAGUAGUAAUGGGCUUGGAGAGGAGGAGGAGGAUCGGGCCGGGUCUUGGCCCGAUUGUAAGGAUACUGUGGAGGAGUUUAGGAGAAAGGUUGAGCUGGAGAAGGAGAAGCAUGUUAAGUGCAUGCAGGAAACUGAGAGGCUCACACUGAACGGUUUUCAGACGGGGUUUUGUAGGGUUUUUGAUAGUAUGAGCGAAUUUUCACGGGCGGUUUUGAAAAUGUAUAACGAGCUGAUUGCUGUUGAGAAUGGCGGGAAGGUUUGUACAGAGAGCGGGCAAGUUGAAAAUGAUUAUGACCCUCCAAGGGUUAGGUACAAGGAGAUCAAUAAUUGCGAGAAGAGUAUAAAUUCGCUCACAACAGUAGCCGGAGAGUGUACUCCCAUAAAGGGGACAAUAUCAACCUGGAGCCAGUUUUCCACUGCUGAGCCAACCACUGCACCAGCCACGAGCCCUCCAAUUUAUAAAGAUGCCCCAAAGCCAGUGGCUAAAAUGAGCCCAGGUACAUCAGCUCCAAGCCCCAUAAACCCCAACAUGCACUCCUAUCUCGCUAGUGGAUGGUGCCUCAACCAAGAC